AUGUUGUCUAAUAACGACAUUCGUCCUCAAGGUCAAGGCCAUUUCAGUUUGGAAGAUUUUGGCGCCAAAGACAGUUUAAGCGCUCUUCUUGAUAGUUACGAUUGCAGCGCCACGUAUUGGUCAGAUUUCAGCGACUCCGCGUGCGCUCAGACUCAGGCCUCUUUGCAAGAAUUCGGACGCUUCGUGUACUCUCCAAGUAGCAACUCCCUGAGCCCCUGCUCGAGAGGCGACGGAGUUCAUUCUCCCGAGAGAUCGUUUCAGCUACUGGACUUUCAGUCAUCAGAAGAACCACCUGCGUUAUCUUCAAAGGUUGGCGAAGAGGCUUCUAACCUCCCCAGUGCAGACACGUAUCCCACCCCGGGGGAGAUUUCGGGGGACGGAUCGAAGAAUUAUGAUAGUGUCGUGGAGUGGCUGAACCAACAAUCUUGCGGAGGAAGUAGCAAGCGGAAGAGGCGCAUUACUCGCCCGCAAAGACUUCAAGCCAACAUGCGUGAAAGACGGCGAAUGGUUCACCUUAACUCUGCCUUCGAUCAGCUUCGCCUUCACGUGCCUAGCUUCCCCUACGAGAACAAAAUGUCUCGAAUACAGACCCUUAAAUUGACUGUUGAGUAUAUCACAUUUAUGCAAGAAGUUCUCAGUACGCCAGACUAUUUACUGAAUGAACAGUUCGGGGACUGCAUGAUUGAACAUCACGGGUGAAUUUAAAUGCCACGUGAAUUUUUUUUAAAAUUAAUUCAUUUAGAGUUUAAUUUUUAAU